GCGGCCCAGCAUGGCCGCCCGGGUGCUGCUGCGGGCGGCGCGGGUGGCGAUGCCCGGCCUGGCCCGCGGCUACGCCAAGAAGCCGGCUAUGAAAUCCAAGGGCAAGAACGUGCCGAAGGAGGGGCUGAAGGGGCCGGAGGUGUGCACAGACCCCGCCAUGCUCACCACCUACGCCAUGGGGGUCAAUUACUUCAAGGACGGCCCGGAGGUGGCCCUCAAGCCCGACUCCGAGUACCCCGACUGGCUCUUUAAGAUCCACCUCGGGCCCCCCAAGAAGCUGGAGGAGCUGGACCCCGACUCGAUCGAGUAUUGGAGGCGCCUGCGGAAGUACAACACGUGGCACCGCAACAGGCUGAAGAAGGGCAAGAAGCUGUAGGUGCUGCAGAGCUCGGGGCGCGGGGGCCGCCCUGAGUGCCGGUGUGCGUGGCGUCGGGACCAGCUCCGGCUUUCGGUCUCUUCUUGCUGUAAACGAGUAAUAAAUCGCUGGUGAGGCUGA